UCAGUCUUCUCGAGCAACGGCAGGUUUCCGAAAGGAGCUAGCUUCAGGCAGCCACAUUGCUUUAUAGCAUUUCCACGUUAUAUAUUUUAGAUUUAAAAUAUCUUUUAGUUAAAGAAAAGACCCAGACCCGCGAUUGAAGAACACCAAACUGCAGCGAUGACCGGCUCAAAUGAGUACAAGUUGAACCAGGGACCAGAGGACAGCAUCUCUGCUGUCAAGUUCAGCCCCAGCACAACCCAGUGUCUGCUGGUUUCCUCCUGGGACUGCACUGUCCGUCUCUAUGAUGUCAUUAGCAACACCAUGCGGAUGAAGUACCAGCACUCAGCUCCAGUUCUUGACUGCGCUUUUUAUGACCCAACACAUUCUUGGAGUGGAGGUUUAGAUGCACAAUUAAAAACUCAUGAUUUGAACACAGACCAAGAUACAAUAGUUGGAUCACAUGAUGCCCCCAUUCGUUGUGUGGAAUACUGCCCAGAGGUUAAUGUCAUGGUCACGGGUAGCUGGGACAGAUCAGUUCGGCUUUGGGACCCAAGGACUCCCUGCAAUGCUGGCACCUUUACUCAGCCUGAAAAGGUGUAUACCCUCUCUGUGGCUGGAGAUAGGCUGAUCGUUGGCACAGCUGGAAGACGAGUCCUUGUGUGGGAUUUGAGGAACAUGGGCUACGUUCAGCAAAGAAGAGAGUCCAGUCUCAAGUAUCAGACUCGCUGCAUUAGAGCCUUCCCCAACAAACAGGGCUACGUGUUGAGUUCAAUCGAGGGACGUGUAGCUGUGGAGUACCUGGACCCAAGCCAGGAGGUUCAGAAGAAGAAGUACGCCUUCAAGUGCCACAGGCUGAAGGAGGAUGGAAUCGAGCAUGUUUACCCUGUCAAUGCCAUCUCAUUUCACGGUGUUCAUAACACCUUUGCCACAGGUGGCUCAGACGGCUUUGUGAACAUCUGGGACCCGUUCAACAAGAAGCGCCUGUGUCAGUUCCACAGGUACCCGACCAGCAUCGCCUCGCUGGCCUUCAAUAACGACGGCACCAUGCUUGCAAUUGCCGCCUCCUACAUGCACGAGAAGGGAGACAUCAACCACCCGGAGGACGCCAUCUUCAUCCGCCAAGUCACAGAUGCCGAGACCAAGCCCAAGUCAACCUAAGUCCACCUUGGAAUGGUUCCCUCUGCGUAUGAAGCCUUUAUCACAUUUGGGUUAUCUGCUGGCAUCCAGUGUAUCAUUAUGUUGUUUCCUGUCAUUUCUUUCUAUUCCAACAGUUUUUCUUUCUUGUAAGUAGUGUUUGUGAAAACCUUUCUUCUCUUUUCUGGCUAUUGUUAAAUAUGUCAUUGUUUCAUGUAUGUUUUGCUUGAUUAUUUUAAAUGGAAUUGGAGUGUUUUAACACUGAUAGGACUUUGACACUUGCAUUAUAAUAUAAAAAUAUCAAACAUUUUGACCAACAGCA